AAAGAUUGUAUGUUACAUUGAUCCAACAAAAUUAUGCCCAACUUACAAAUUACACAAUAAAUAAAACUCAAAGUCUCCCAAACAAAGUGUUAUUUAAAGGAAACUUGCUCUUUCUUCUUGUGUUCCUCCACGUAGCAAACACAUUAAGCAUGAACAGGCUUUCUGUUGGCAGAAGAAUUGCAUCGAAUAUUUGUGGAGUCAGAUCUGUGCAUAGGACUUUAUGCAGUAUUACAGGUGUUAAAAAUCCUGAUUUGGUCAGUGAAAAGGAGCCUUUCGACAAGCCUGGGUUAACAGAUGACAUACCCCAAUAUGAUAUUGCUAUAGUUGGAGGUGGUAUGGUUGGGAUGGCUCUAGCGUGCUCCUUAGCAACUAUGCCAUUAACAAAGCAACUAAGUGUUGCCAUCAUUGACAGUAAUCCUGCUUUGGUAAACAACUUUCACAUCAAGAAAGAGGACCCCCCAGAUCCACGGGUCAGUACGGUCACACCUGCAACCAUUUCCUUCUUUAAAGAUAUGGGUGCAUGGGAAUUUGUUCAGCAGCACCGUCAUGCUUACUUCGAUAAAAUGCAGGUCUGGGAUUAUACUGGUCUAGGCUAUACUAGGUACAAUGCAAGAGAUGUUGAUGCAGAUGUUCUUGGGUGUGUGGUGGAGAAUAAGGUGCUACACAAAUCACUGUUAUCAUGCGUACAGAAUACGGAUUUUCAGAAGACAAUAUACUCGUCUAGGUUAAGUGCAGUAACCUUUCCCACAAGGUCAUCAGUGACAAGCUCCAGUGGCACAUCGUCAUCUGCUAGUGGAAGUUCGGCAAGGUUGGAACUGGAUAAUGGAAACAGCAUGUAUGCGAAGUUAGUGGUUGGAGCGGAUGGGUCAAAAUCAUCUGUUAGGGAGCUGGCAAGAAUACAAACGACUGGAUGGAAGUACUCGCAAAGCGCAAUCAUCUGUACAGUUGAACAUGCAGUAGAGAACUUCUGUGCUUGGCAACGAUUUCUUCCUAAUGGUCCAAUUGCACUUUUACCCAUAGGUGAAAACUUCAGCAAUAUUGUCUGGUCAAUGGACCCCAAGGAAUCCGUUGAUCGGAAUUCAAUGUCCGAGGAUGACUUUGUAAACGCAGUGAACGAUGCACUGGACAGUGGAUAUGGUCCUCAUCCACAAUCCAAAUCAUUCGAGGGUGGAAAUAUAUUUUCUUGGCUCAAACCUGACGGCAUAUCAACACACGAGGGCUUCGAAGUUCCACCAAAAGUUCUUAAGCUAGCCUCUCAGAGACUGGCCUUUCCUUUGUCUUUAAUGCAUGCUAAUAGCUACGCAUCAAAACGUCUAGUUCUUAUCGGUGAUGCAGCACAUACAGUUCAUCCGCUGGCUGGCCAAGGAGUUAAUAUGGGAUUUGCAGAUGCGUGCUCUCUUUCUAAAGUCAUUGCUGAAGGUGUUGCUGUCGGAUCUGACAUUGGGGAGGUGACUCUGUUGAAGAGAUAUGAAUCAGAGAGGAAAGCUGCAAACAUUACAAUGAUGGCAAUCCUAGAUGGUUUUCAGAAGGCAUAUUCUAUUGACUUCAUGCCAAUAAAUGUACUGAGGGCUCUUGCAUUCAAUGGGGCACAAUACAUUUCUCCACUUAAACGAAAGAUCAUUUCAUAUGCCUCUGGCAACCAGUUGCUUCCUCUUUUCACAUGAUGUAACCUAUGUUUUACUCACUCUUCAAGAAUGUCAACAGGUGCGUGUGGAUUCGUUAAAGCUAGUGUAUUUUUGGAGAAUCCGUCUCGGGUGCGGCAUCGAAAGUGAAGAGUCCGCUGACUUAGGAUGUAACUGUUAGAUUUUCACAAUGAAUAUUUGGUAAAAAUGUCUUGAACUUUUGUUUUUUUUCUAUGAAUAACAAGUUUCAAUAAUCAUUUUUCACUCUAAGAGGAAAGGAAUGGAAAAUAAUCUACUUUCAUUAAGUGAUUUAUUAGAUAAUCGAAAACAGAGGAUCUUGAAUACUAUUCGAAGUUCAGAAGAACUGCGUGGAGGGGCUAUUGAACAACUCGAAAAAGCUCGUUCUCGCUUACGGAAAGUAGAAACCGAAGCCGAGCAGUUUCGAGUGAAUGGGACUCUUCGAGAUAGAACGAGAAAAAUUGACUUUGAUUAAUUCAACUUAUAAGACUUUGGAACAAUUAGAAAAUUACAAAAACGAAACGAUUCAGUUUGAACAGCAAAGGGCGAUUAAUCAAGUCCGACAACGGGUUUUCCAACAAGCCUUACGAGGAGCUCUAGGAACUCUGAAUAGUUGUUUGAACAAUUGGUUACAUUUACGUACCAUGGCAUGUUGGGAACAAUUAAAGAAAUAACAUGUUGGGAACAAUUAAAGAAAUAACUGAUUAAUCUUUCUGCUGUAGGAAUUAUUUUUUUCUUUCAAAAAAGAAUAAAGAAAGAAUCAUGGUAACCAUUCGAGCUGACGAAAUUAGUAAUAUUAUCUGUGAACGUAUUGAACAAUAUAAUAGAGAAGUAAAGAUUGUAAAUACCGGUACCGUACU